AUGUCCUCCGACAAUCCUCCUGACGCUGAUGCCCUGGAAAGUCGCCUCCCUGAGACACAAGCGCCCCCUCCUACCAAGACUGCUCCGCAACGACGAGCUUCGGCCACCGAUAAACCCUCAGAAGAGCAGGAGGAGCCAUAUCCAGAACGCGAUGGACCCGUUAUUGAGCCGCUAUCGUCGUCCCUGACCUACUUCUACACCAUCUCGUACCUCGUCUUCUUCUCAAUAUUCGGCACUCUUGCGCGUCUCGGCCUGCAAGCGCUCACAUUCUACCCUGGCGCCCCUGUCGUGACAGGAGUGCUAUGGGCUAAUGUUGGCGGCUCUCUCAUCAUGGGCUUUCUGUUAGAAGAUAAGAACAUUUUUCGCGAAGAAUGGGGCAACCCCCGGAAACUUACUACUAGCCCUCAAGACCCUGAUGCGGCCGAGGUAUCGAAACGCCACAAGUCUAUCAAAAAGACAAUCCCGCUCUACAUCGGCCUCACAACCGGCUUCUGCGGCUCCUUCACCUCCUUCUCCUCCUUCAUCCGCGACAUCUUCCUCGCCCUCGCCAAUGACCUCCCCGACCCAUCCUCUCCCUCCAUCGCAUCCCGAAACGGCGGCUACAGCUUCAUGGCCCUCCUCGCCGUCCUCCUCACAACCGUCUCCCUCAGCCUCGCUGGCCUAAUCUUCGGCUCCCACUGCGCCCUCGCCCUCGACCGCUUCUCCCUCCCACCGACCCUCCCCUUCCGCCUCAUGCGCCGCAUCCUCGACCCCCUCCUCGCCUUCCUAGCCUGGGGCAGCUGGCUCGGCUCAAUCUUCCUGGCCAUCUGGCCCCCGCACAAGACCUGGCGGGGCGACGCCAUCUUCGCAAUCACCUUCGCGCCCCUGGGCUGCCUCCUCCGCUUGUACCUCUCCCUCGCCCUAAACGCGCGCAUCCCCUCGUUCCCGCUCGGAACAUUCACCGUGAAUAUCCUGGGUACAAUCAUCCUGGCAAUGUGCUACGACCUACAGCACGUCGACGGGAUCGGGGCGUCCGCGCUCGUGAGCUGUCAGGUGUUGCAAGGGGUUAUGGAUGGGUUCUGUGGGUGUGCGACGACGGUCAGUACAUGGGUGGCGGAGUUGAAUGGGUUGGGGAGGAGGUUGCAUGCGUAUGUUUAUGGGACGGCGAGUGUGGGGGUUGCGCUGGGGUUCUUUGUGAUUGUUGCGGGGUCUUUGAAGUGGACGGUUGGGUUUGUAGAGCCCGUAUGUCAAUGA